AUGCGAAAAUCAUAAUAAUAUUUCCUUAACUUCAUCGUUCCAUUGAACAGUUAUAUUGUAAUUUAGAAAUAAAUUCUGUAACAAAUAUAAAUUUCGUCCGAUACUCAUGUAGGUCGAAAUAGUUACAAUUAAUGUCGUAGUUAAUUGGUGUACUUAUUUGUGCAAUAUUGAUGAUUCCACAAUGUUUGAGACAUGUUCGAAACAAUGUAUGCUAUUCGGGACAGUGUGUUUGGGAGUUUUGACGAUAGUAGUGUUGAUACUAGAAUCACAUUUAGCAGAUACACUAUCCAGCAGCCAGCGAAUGAAAAACAAGACGUUCCAUAAUGAACACGACUGUGGGAUACAUGUGCCUUACACAAUCAUCAGUGAAUGCCACCCUUGCUCAGACUUUGAAAUCAAAAGCAUGAGCAUAGGAGUCUGUAUGGAGACAAGCUACAAGGAAGUAUUAAAGUGUAAAAAUGGCGAAACUAUAACUAAAAGUUGUCACAGAGUGCCGUAUCUAGAAGAGCGAGCUUACUGGAAAUUCACAAUAUGGUCUUUCGUGAUUGGCUCUAUUUCGUCCCUUGCAGUCAUGUUGCGCAUGAGAAUCCUUAAUCGUAAGGCACGGAUAAGAGCUAGGCAAGUGCUGAGCAAUGGGUCUAUCAAUUGAAAUGUGACAUGCAAAAAUUAAGUAUAAUAAACU